AUGUCUGAUAGUAUAGUUAAUUUCACUUUCAAGUGGCCUGCCGGUCCUUCCGAUGUGGUUAUCACGGGGGAUUUCGACGAAUGGAAAGGUUCAUUACCACUUGUUAAACAAGCAGAUAACAGUUUUGAACUUUCUGUUCCUACAAAUUUCAAAAACGGAGAAGAAAAGUUCUUAUUCAAGUUCAUAGUCGAUGGAGAAUGGACCACCAGUAACGAAUAUCCUUUAGAGACCGAUGCUAAAGGUAUUUCCAACAAUUACAUUGGUCUAAAUGACGUAGAAGCUGCCAAGACUGACGGCAGUGUCAAUAUUCCAGAAGCUGGUGGUUUAGCUGCCAAGACUCAAAGACGUGCAGGUCCUCCAUCAACAAAGAACAGAAAGAAAAAUAAUAAAAAGAAGAAUAAGAAGAAGAAGGCAAAGAAAACUAAGAAAACUAGUAACGCUAAUGGCGAAGAAGCGGAAGAAGAUGAUGAAGAAGAUGAAGAGGAAACUGGCACGACCACAACAGUCACCGAACCUACUUCUAGAGAAGCUACUCCUGCUCAAGAUGCCGUUCAUGUCUUGCCGGUUGAACAACAACAAUCAACUUCACCAUUUAUGGCCGUGGCAGGCGGCCUUGGUCCUGUAAUAGUUUCUAAUCCAAAUGAAGUUAAGGAAUUCUCUGAGAUUAGACAUACAGAUCCAAAGGAAUUUAAUGAAAAGAAGAACGCUGAAAUUAAAGCAAAGAAGCAAGAAUUAGAAAAAGCUCAAGAGAACGAAGAGUCAGCGAAAGUCCAAAAGGAAGAAGAGGCUGUUCCAGUAACCAAGGAAGAAAAACAAACCGAAGAAAAGGAAGUUGUACCAAAAACUACAUUAGAUCCAAAGGCUAAUCAGCCAGUACCAUCACAAGAAGAGUCCAAAAUGGAGGAUCCUGCUGUUGAACCUGUUACUAAAGAGCCAGCUACCUCUGCCACCGAAGGUAUCAAGGAAGAAACCGCUACUGAACCAGCUCAACAAAAUAUUGCAAAGUCUGAAAUUGAUGCCCCAGCCCAAAAAGUAGAUGAUUCUCCCGAACCUGUUGCCAAAAGGGUCGAAGAGCCAUUGGAAGAGACUGAAGCUACAAUUACAAAUCUUGAAGAACCAGUGGCUGACACUGGAGACACUACAAAGCCUGUUGAGACACCUCUUGAACCAACGAAGGUUACAGAACCGGCAAAGAAGGCUGAAGAAACUGCCGAUAAGAAAACUGUUAAGAGAACUCCAACACAAAAGAAGACAAGUAAGAAAGCUUCCCAAUCUACUGAGGAUGAAAGUAAGAAGAAAAAGGGAUUCUUCAGUAAGUUAAAGAAACUUUUCCAAUAA